AUGGCAGUAUCGCCCAUUAUGCACUGCCGAGGGGCUGCAUUCGUAUCACACUUGUCCUUCGCAGAUGAUGUUGUGAUCUUUGCUCGGGAGGAUAGGCGAUCUGUGGUGAACCUGGUCCGAUUUUUAACGCUCUACCAAGAGGGAGCGGGGCAGAGGAUUAACAAGCAAAAGAGUUUCUUUAUAGCAUCCAGGCGAUGUGGCGCUGGCCAAAUACGUCGCAUCCAACACUUGACGGGCUUCAAACAGGGUUCUUUCCCUUUCUCUUAUUUGGGAUGCAACUUAUAUGUUGGCCACCGGAAAAAGGAGUUCCUCCAAUUUCUGGUUGAAAAAUUCAUUGCUAAACUAGCGGGCUGGCAGAAAAAAUUCCUCUCGCAGGAUGGUCGCUUGAUCCUAAUCAAACAUGUUCUCUUAGCCAUACCAUCGCACGUGCUGGCUAUCAUGGAUCCCCUCAAGGGGGUGAUCAAACGCCUCGAAGGGCUCAUGGCAAAUUUCUUUUGUGGACAAUCGGAGCUAGGUCCUAAGCAUCAUUGGUGCUCUUGGAGGAAUUUAUGUUAUCCAGUGAAUGAGAACGGACUUGGGGUGGGAUCUUUUGAGGACAUCUUGGGGGUGUUUAGCUGUAAAUUGUGGUGGCGGUUUUGCAAUUCAACCUCCCUGUGGGCCAAUUAUAUGAGGUCUAGCUAUCCCAUGGACAGUGGUGCCCAGCCUAAGGCUUCCAGAGUUUGGAGACGAAUGCUGGCUAUUUGA